AUGAUAAAACUACUUCUGCUUGCAUUUCUUGCAAAGAUAAUUGCGCUACUUGUAAUGUGCACACUGGAGUGUGCGAUACCUGUAAAGACGAUUUUACAAUGGAGAAAAACCCAGAUGAUGAUAAAACAUGUAGAUGUAAAUCAACUAUGACUUGGGAUGGGACUGCUUGCAAGUGUCCAGGCACUGGAGAAAAAUGGUCUGGAACUGCAUGUAUAA